UGCGACCAAAUCUAUCAGCCAUUAACCCUUUUCCUUCUGUGCGUAAAACGCAUUGCGCGCCAAGUGUCUGCCAUUUUAAACUUAACAUCAAUGGGACUAUUUUUUUGUUGUUGCCACAUCCAGGAUCAGAGUGAGUGAGAUACCGCCAUCGAUGACACGUCUUGCCCUCGCGCUGCAUCCUUGUCCAUUUGCGCUGGCUCCAGCAAUUGUGCCUAUAGUGUUCUGGUUGCGUGGAAACUAAAAGGCUGCACUGUCGGAGCAUUUCCAGUGGCGGGUGGUGUUUGCCAGAGCGACUCUCAGCACAAGUUUAACGAGCUGCAAGAGGACCUGAUGGAAGCGAACCAAGAGAUUGACCGACCCGCCUUUCGCGGUGCGCUCUGAUCCGCUGGACCAUUUCAUUGCUGGACAAUUAUUGAGUAAACAUCAUGAAAAGGAGAGGGAAAGCGGCAAAGACGCUCAACAGCUACUGGGGAGGUUGAUGUGGACUGCACCUCCUGCGCCCAGGUGGUCCUUCCUGGAGCAUGCCCGCAUCCAACGAUGUCCCUACUUGCAGACUGGUUACUGCGCCACUCAGUGGUCAUGUGUUUGCUGCUGCACAGCUUGGUGCUAAUGACCUUCUGCUUCCACCAUGCUGCCACCAGUUGCUCCAAGAGCUGCUACUGCUCUGAAAGCGAUAGCGGCGGCAAGACGGUGCGCUGCAGCAACCUGCAUCUCACGGAGAUCCCCCAGGAUAUCCCCAAUGACACACAACGCAUCUACCUGGACUUCAACCUCUUCACUACAGUACCAACAAAUGCUUUUGAAGGUUUGCCCUACCUGGUUGAACUGGAUCUAUCCCACAAUGAACUUAGCCAGUUAGAACCAGGUGCAUUCAGAGGCCUGGGCUCCACACUGCAGUUCCUAGACCUUUCUUCUAACAAGUUAGUCAAAUUUAACCCUGAGGCCUUCGAGGGGCUGCGAUCUCGCGCCAACCUAACAAACAAUCCCUGGCAUUGUGACUGCAACUUGCAGAUGGCCAUGCCCCGUGUGGACCUGGAGCCUGCGUCGCUGACGGGCAUUGUGUGCCAGACUUCAGAUCCGGAGGAAAUAGGAGUUCAAGGACUUGCCUUCUUGUUGGCUCCAGACAUAGACCUAUGUGUGGUGAUGAAGAGGACUACAGAUGUGGCCAUGCUGGUCGUCAUGUUUGGCUGGUUCACCAUGGUCAUCUCCUACCUGGUCUACUAUGUCAGGGCUAAUCAGGAGGACGCCCGCAGACACCUGGAGUAUCUUAAGUCAUUGCCCAGCAAACAGGGCAAGUCAGAGGAGUCCUCCACAAUUAGUACUGUUGUAUAGGGGAGCUAAACAUGGGACCUGAAGUGGUAGCCCACACCAAAUAGGAUGGAGCUACAAAGCUACAACCACACGGUCAGCAGAGAGUCUCAGAUGGUUUUGCUCAGCUGUUCUCACGGAGCCAAGGUGAGCAACAAGACAUGUGUGUCUGCACAAGAAAACCAGGCCGAUGCGACCUAGACCAAAUGAAUAAUUCAUCUUUCAUCGACCCAUUAGGAGAUUUUGUUGGCUGAGUUGAUGGUCUAGUCUGGGCGCUGGGAGAGUAAAAGCAUUGGCAUGUUUUUGGCAAACUCCAAAUAUGGGCUACAAAUGGGAUUUAUCCAGUGGUGCAUGCCCCUAAAUGCACCUUGCUCACACACAGACAAUUACGGAGAUGUUAACCAGCAAUAUAACCAAUUGGAAAAGGCAACACUAGAAUGAGGAACUCCAUGUACAAAUGUUUUCAAUUAAAGCCCUUGCAGUAUUCACCAGUAUUAAGUAAAUUAUGUUUUCCAAUUAAA